AUGUAUCAUCAGCUUCCUUUUGAAAAAAAGUCUUUGAGCUGUGACCACCACUUCCACCUGAUGGUGAACAGAAACUCACAGUCACAAAGAGCUGCGAAGAUGCCGUAUGUUCUGAGAUACAGUUUUCUAUUGAUCAGUAUUUGUAUAAGAAGCAUGUCAUGUGAAGUUUCGGUGCAAGUAUUGAAAGCUUCUGGACAUGAUAUCAUCAUCGAGUGCGCUACUGAUAAAAUACCUCAGGAUGGGGUGUACAUGUACAAACAAGAAGCAGCAGCAAAAGAACGACAAGAAAUCUUCUACUGCUACAAACCAGACAUUGUUACCCAUAAAACAAUGAGUAAAUCCAAAGUCAGUGUAAGAGGAGCACUUCCCAACCUUAACGUCACCCUCUUACAUGUAACUGCCGAAGACAAUGGACUUUACUGGUGUGAAUUUAAUAUGGAAGAAAAAACUACUUUGGGCAAGUUCACUUGGUUAUGGAUAGACGAAAAAGAAAAAGAGUGCCCAGAAGAGUGCCUAAAAGAGUGCCCACAAAAUGCUCUUUCUCUUGUGAUGAUCUUGAUUUUGUGUGCUGUCGGGCUCCUGUCGAUUGCUUGUAUCAUCUAUAUGAUUCAGAAGUGCUGUUCGGGGAAGAGGAAUUACAAACCAUCAAAUGUACCCUCAGACUCAGUUUAUGAAGAGAUGAAACGGAGCAAUUUGGACACCCAGCCCAAUGUGCGGACAUUCAUCAACCCGGACUAUCAAUCUAGCAAGCAACUUCGAUAAAUAGUCCUGAUUGAUAUAAGGUUUUAGGUUUUGUUACUGUCCAUUUGGAUUGGCAAAGCUUUUAAAAUGAUUUAUUGCUUCAUAUUUGAGUUCAACUGUAUUUGCUUUGUGUGUAAUCAUUGUUUGUUUCUGUAGCCUUCUUUCUGUUUAGAAUGUGAGGCAUCAUUCUUUUCAUUUAGUGUAAAUAUCAAGUAAUUAAAUUUAAAAUACUGUAGAUCAGGAAGAAUUAAAAAAAUAGUUGAAGUGUUAAGAAUAAAAAAAAAAAGAUGCAGCAGUUGAAAAGAUAUUGUUAGGUUAUGGGCAACAGAAAUGUCAAAGACCUUGUGGUUAUGUGUGCAAAGAAGCAUAAAGAAUGUUGUAAAGUACCUGUUAGUUUCAGUCUGACGCUAAGUAGGCCAAUGGUGAAUUGACUGAUGGAAUUAAAGUACAGAAUCAUAUUUCACUCCUCAGUUCAUAAUAAUGGCAUUCAGAAAAGCCUAUCAUGGCAGAAAAGCUUUCUAUUUUCUAUCAUGGCAAACUUGAAACUAAACAUAUCAUAAAUGAUGGGUACUUGUUUGUGAUUGACUAUCUGAUGUUCAUUUCUCCACUUGGGUUUACACUCUUAACCAAUUACCUUCCUUUGCAGUUGUGGUCAUGUUUUCUUCCUCUCUAUAACCUUUUAGAAUGCAUCAAAGCAAGCUACACCGACCUGUUUCUUGUGUUGACUAACAAUGUUAAUAUAGUUUUAAAUAUAAAGGCUAUUAUUGUAGUAAAAGUGAUUAAGUAAUGUGUGUUGUUUUACUCAUCAUUUAGCAUGGUUGCAUUUGAAUGUAUUGUAUUUUAUUUUGUAUCUCUAGUACAUUGUUGUUCAUAAUACUGUAUUGCAUUAACAUUGUAAAAAAGCAACAAUACAACAAAAAACAUUAAACAAUUGUCAAAAUUAUUUUAAACCAAUUUUACCAAUUCCAUUUAUUAUACCCCAAAUGUUUUACAGUACAUUACCAACAAAUUAAUUCAGGAACUUUCAAGAAUGACAUUAAAAAACAGUGGUACAAAAUAAAAA